AUGGCCACGCAGUACCAUGUGCCGGGCGGCAUUGAGAAUCCCUACACGGUGCUGGUGCCAAGUGAAAUCACCGGCAAGUGGGGCGAGGUGAAGCAGCUAGUGCCAAAGCGCGACCAGACGCUGCAGUCGGAGCUGAUGCGCCAGCAGCGCAAUGAGGGCCUGCGACGGAAGUUUGCGGAGAAGGCCAACGGGGUCGGGCCGUGGAUUGAGCGAAACAUCGACCAGGUGGCCGCCAUCGGCAUGGGCAUGCAGGGCACGCUGGAGGACCAGCUGGCGAAGUUGCGGCAGUACGAGGAGGCGGUCAGCCUCUACAAGGUGCACAUGGACGAGCUGGAGAAGGUGCACCAGGAGGUGCAGGAGAAUAUGAUCUUCGAGAAUCGGUACACGCAGUACACUAUGGAGACUCUGCGCGUCGGCUGGGAGCAGCUGCUGACCAGCAUCCAGCGCAACAUCAACGAGGUGGAGAAUCAGAUCCUCACCCGUGACUCGAAGGGCAUCACCCAGGAGCAGCUGAAUGAGUUCCGCGCCAGCUUCAACCACUUCGACAAGGGCCGCACCGGGCGCCUCAACCCGGACGAGUACAAGAGCUGUCUGGUCAGUCUGGGCUACAACAUUCGCAACGACCGCCAGGGCGACAAUGACUUCCGCCGGAUCAUGACGCUGGUCGACCCGAACGGCACCGGCUACGUCGCCUUUGACGCCUUCCUCGACUUUAUGACGCGGGAGAGCACCGAUACGGACACCGCCGAGCAGAUUAUCGACUCCUUCCGCAUUCUGGCUAACGAUAAGCCGUACAUCACCGCCGAGGAGUUGAGAAAAGAGCUGCCGCCCGACCAGGCGGAGUACUGCAUCGGCCGAAUGGCGCCCUUCAAGGGCCCUGGCGCCAUUCCCGGCGCCCUCGACUACUACUCAUUCAGUACGGCGCUCUACGGAGAGAGCGACCUGUAG